UAUUUUAAGCCAGAUUUUGCAGGCGUGAAAUUAUUAUUAAACUAAAAACAAAACCCAAAAACAAAAACGAGUAUAUAUCACAGUGUGAGCAGCGAGCUCAUCAUCAACGACUUUCACAAGUUCAAUUCUUUAAUCAUUUUCCAAAGUCGGGGACGCCACCUUGGACCAAACCCAGCCCGCCUUCACAAAACCCAUCCUCGUUAUUUAUUCCCCACUUCUUCACUUGCACCUCUGUCGCUCUCUUUUUUGGGAUUUCAGAUUCUGCGAGAUUUGGGUUCUGUGAUUCGCCUCAGAUCGCGAGAUGGGUAGUUUGGGGGCUAUGCUGAAACACCCAGAUGACAUUUACCCUCUUUUGAAGCUCAAGAUGGCGGCCAGGAACAUCGAGAAGCAGAUCCCUCCCGAGCCUCAUUGGGCUUUCUGCUACACCAUGCUUCACAAGGUCUCCAGGAGCUUCGCUCUCGUUAUUCAGCAGCUCGAUACGGAGCUCCGUAAUGCUGUUUGUAUUUUUUAUCUGGUUCUUCGAGCUCUAGACACUGUUGAGGAUGAUACAGCCAUAGAGACAGACGUCAAACUUCCUAUCCUGAUAGAUUUCCAUCGUCACAUAUAUGAUGCCAAGUGGCAUUUUGCAUGUGGUACAAAGGAGUACAAAGUUCUCAUGGACGAGUUUCAUCAUGUUUCAACUGCUUUUCUGGAACUUGGGAAGGGUUAUCAGGAGGCAAUUGAGGAUAUUACCAAAAGAAUGGGGGCAGGGAUGGCAAAGUUUAUCUGCAAGGAGGUAGAAACAGUUGAUGACUAUGAUGAGUACUGCCACUAUGUGGCAGGACUUGUUGGUUUAGGUUUGUCCAAGCUUUUCCAUGCUGCUGAAUUGGAGGAUUUGGCUACGGAUGAACUUUCAAAUUCAAUGGGUUUAUUUCUUCAGAAAACAAACAUUAUUCGAGAUUAUCUGGAGGAUAUUAAUGAGAUACCCAAGUCACGUAUGUUUUGGCCCCGCCAGAUCUGGAGUAAAUAUGUUAACAAACUUGAGGACUUGAAAUAUGAGGAAAACUCAGACAAGGCAGUGCAAUGUCUGAAUGACAUGGUCACUAAUGCUUUGAUACAUAUGGAAGACUGCUUGAAGUAUAUGUCUGCUUUAAGAGAUCCUGCUAUAUUUAAAUUUUGUGCUAUCCCUCAGAUCAUGGCAAUUGGCACACUAGCACUAUGCUACAACAACAUUGAGGUCUUCAGAGGUGUGGUGAAAAUGAGGCGUGGUCUUACAGCAAAAGUUAUUGACAGAACAAGAACAAUGGCUGAUGUCUAUGCCGCUUUCUAUGAUUUUUCAUCCAUUCUAAAGUCCAAGGUUGACAAGAAGGAUCCUAAUGCUACAAAAACAUUGAGCAGGCUGGAAUCAGUGCAGAAAACAUGCAGGGACUCUGGAGCCCUUAUCAACAGGAAAUCAUAUAUAGUCAAGAGUGAGCAAAGUUACAAUUCAGCUUUGAUUAUGGUGAUGUUUCUCAUAUUGGCCAUCAUUUACGCUUAUGUCUCUGCCAGCCCAAGAUUCUAAUGGUUUACAUUCCUAAAGCUGCCGACACAAAUAGUUUGUUACAAAAAGACAUGCCUCGUUCCAUGCGACUAAUCUAUAAACAAUAAUGACAAUGCUGCUGCAAUUGUAUAUCCAAUAUCAAGUUGCUUAAAAUUAUUAGUGUAGCCUUCAGCACCAUUUAGCAUGGUUAUUUAUUGUAACAGAAUUGAGGCUUUGCUUUGUAUUGUUUUUGGAGAUAAUAUUUGGUUGUGCAAAAUUACCAUGUCACACAAUUAAUAUAGUUACUUACACGUUCAUACA